UCUCUCUCUGACCCCCGCCGGAAACACACCGGAAAAUAACCAUCUUCAACACUUUAAUGCAGUGCUGAAGUCCUUCUCUUCUUGACUCACCAAGUAUUCGGUCUCGAUAUUGUGAAGUUGAAUCGGAAUCUGAAGAUUUCAAGUUACAACUUUACAGUAUGGGGGCAAGCGGAGCUGAACCAGCCGUCGGCGGCGGAUAUUGGCUGAGGAGGCGGGGGUGCACGUGCAGUAAGGAGGAUUUUCUCCCCGAGGAGUCGUUCGAGAGCUGGGGCAAUUACGUCAAUGCGCUGAAGGCGACUCCGGCGAGGUUCAAGGACCGGUUCCUGACGAGGUCGGCGGACAGCACAGAGAUAGUGGAGAUGAAGGCGCGGAGCCAGAACGAGAUGAAGAAGACGCUCAACUGGUGGGACCUCAUCUGGUUCGGGAUCGGUGCCGUCAUCGGCGCCGGAAUAUUCGUCCUUACUGGACUCGAGGCCAAGAAUCACGCAGGUCCCGCCGUCGUCAUGUCGUACGCCGUCUCUGGCCUCUCCGCCUUGCUCUCGGUUUUCUGCUACACCGAGUUCGCCGUCGAGAUUCCCGUUGCCGGGGGGUCAUUUGCGUACCUAAGAGUGGAGCUUGGAGACUUCGUGGCCUACAUUGCAGCAGGCAACAUCCUCCUCGAAUAUGUCAUAGGAGGUGCGGCUGUUGCGCGUUCAUGGACCUCCUACUUCACCACCCUAUGCAACAGGGAUGAUACAAAUGCUUUCCGAAUCACAGUCCAUGACUGGUCGGAGGAUUACAAGUACCUCGAUCCCAUUGCCAUUGGGGUCAUCAUCGUUAUCUGCAUACUCGCCGUCAUGAGCACAAAGGGAUCCUCGCGCCUUAACUACAUUGCUUCCAUAGUCCACGUCAUUGUCAUUCUCUUCAUUAUCAUAGCAGGUCUCACCAAAGCAGACACUAAGAACUAUACGCCCUUUGCGCCAAAUGAAGCUCGCGGCAUCUUCACAUCCUCGGCAGUUCUGUUCUUUGCAUACAUUGGAUUUGACGCCGUUUCAACCAUGGCUGAAGAGACCAAGAAUCCUGCCCGUGAUAUCCCAAUAGGGCUGGUUGGAUCCAUGGUGAUCACUACAAUCGUUUAUUGCUUGCUUGCGGUGACGCUCUGCCUUAUGGUGCCAAUCCAGUUGAUCGAUGAGCAAGCACCAUUUUCAAAAGCGUUUGAGACAGUUGGUAUGGGUUGGGCAAAGUAUGUAGUUGCAGCCGGAGCUCUCAAAGGCAUGACUAGUGUUUUACUAGUCGGGGCAGUUGGUCAGGCCCGGUAUUUAACCCACAUUGCCCGAACCCACAUGUUGCCCCCAUGGUUUGCUCAAGUUGAUGCAAAGACAGGUACUCCAGUCCAUGCCACAAUUGUCAUGCUCGCAGCCACAGCUGUAAUCGCCUUCUUCACCAGCCUCGACAUUCUUGCUUCCCUUCUCUCCAUUUCUACUCUAUUCAUCUUCAGCCUCGUAGCCAUUGCUCUCCUUGUGCGCCGCUACUAUGUUACUGGUGUGACCACAGAUACAGACAGGAAUAAGCUCAUACUGUGCAUUGUUCUGAUACUCGCGGCUUCAAUUGGCACUUCUGCUUACUGGGGUACUAGCGAUGGUUGGCUAGGGUAUUGCGUGACGGCUCCUAUUUGGUUCUUGGGGACAUCGGGGAUUUGGUUUCUUGUUCCGCAAGCAAGGAGUCCAAAGCUUUGGGGAGUGCCAUUGGUUCCAUGGUUGCCUUCACUUUCAAUUGGCAUCAACAUUUUCUUGCUUGGGUCAAUUGAUGGUCCUUCUUUUAUUAGGUUUGCAGUGUGGACCGUGAUCAUCUUGGUUUACUACAUUUUCUUUGGGUUGCAUGCUUCAUAUGACACAGCAAAGGACUCUGUAGCUAACAAGCUCGAGGGUGGGAAAUAUGAGACGAAGGUUGAAGGAACGAAGGACUCUGGUUUGGAUGGUGCCUAUAGCAAGGCCUCUACAGAACCUGCUAGCUAGUUAAGAUUUAUAAAUUAAGGUUUAAGUGUUCAGCGUGUGAAGAAGUUGGCGUGUAACAUUUUCUACUUUGAUAAUUAAUUAGAAGCAUUUGUUCAUAAAUAAAGUUUUCUAGUCCCGCCUUCUAGUCUUGACUCUUGAGUACG